AUGAUGCGUAAUCGUCGUCUUCUUCAUUUGUUUGGCUCAGUGAAAUUCUUGCUGCGACCGUCCGUAAGAAAAUGUCAUUCCACAGGUGCCAGCCUCACCUUUCCAAAGAAUAUUCCUCUUCCUUUAUAUCUUCUUGGCGAAGCUUCCACCUAUGGAGAUCAGGUUGCUAUGAUCAAUGCUGACACAGGACAAAAGUUCCGAUAUGAUAAUCUCCAAGGGGAUUCCAUCAAAGUUUCAAAUUCCUUUUUUCGUCUUGGACUUCGAAGAGGGGACGUUGUCUGCUUGUAUGGUUCCAAUACUCCUGAAAUGCUGCCUAUUUUUUGUGGAGUCACUGCCAUUGGUGGAAUCAUUAGUCCUGCAAUGACACAAAUGUCUGUUGUUGAACUAACCAACCAAUUGAGAGAUUGUCGGGCAAAAUUUUUGAUUACAACUCCUGAGUGUGUUAUCCGAGCCAAAGCUGCUUCAGAAAAAUGUGACAACAUUCAGGAGGUGAUUGUCUUGGGACAAGCUGAAGGGUGUCGUCCAUUUUCAGAUUUAAUAAAAACAGCCAAACUCUCCUUUCCAGAUAUUUCUAUUGACCCCAGCAAAGACAUUGCUCUCAUGCCAUAUUCUGCUGGAAUAUCUGGCAAGCCAAAAGCUGUCCUUCUCACUCAUUAUAAUCUAAUUUCAGCCAUUGAAGCCCUGAGGCAACCUGAUUUUAUUCCAUUUGAACCUGGUAAAGAUCACAAUGUCAUGGUGUUUCCUGUCACUCACGCAACUGGCAUUGUGAUUGGUUUUGGUCUUUCUCUCAUACAGGGUGCUACCAUCAUAACCCUAAACAGAUUUGAGGCACGUUCCUAUUUGCGGGCACUUCAAAAGUACAAUGGCACUUUCACAAUGACAACACCAUCAAUGCUCUGGCAUUUGAAUAACCAUCCUUUACUGAAGGAAAUGGAUCUCUCUAGCCUUCAAACAGUCUUCAGCCAGAGUGCACCCCUUCAGCCUUGUCUUGUUGAACAAUUAACAAAAAAAUUGAACGUUCCUCAUAUUAGGCAAGGUUAUGGAUUGACAGAAGCCUGUGGAGUUGGUUUGGCCACACCCAUCAAUGACUGGAAAAGUGGAUCUGUUGGGGUUCCUAUCCCUGGUAUGGAGGUUAAGGUUAUUGAUCCCAACACUCAUGAAGAAUUGUCAGCUGGAAAAGAAGGUGAAAUCUGUUUGAGAGGACCAAGUGUGGCAAUGAAGUUUUGGAAAUCUUAUAAUGAGAAUGAAAAUUUGCUGUUGGGAGAUGGUUGGAUCAGAACAGGUGACAUUGGCAUGUGCAGUGCAGAAGGUCACUAUACAAUUGUUGACAAAAUAAAGUCUGUCAUCAAGUACAAAGGCUGUCAGGUCUCCCCUGAAGAAAUUGAAGACUUGUUAUUAAAUCACCCUGCAGUAUUAGAUGCUGCUGUGAUUGGGCUGCCUGAUGCUGAGGCUGGAGAAGUUCCAACUGCUCUCGUUGUGAAACAGAGAAAUGUUGAUGCAAAAGAACUUCAAAACUUUGUAAGCGAAAAUUCUGCUUCCUUCAAACAGCUAAGAGGUGGCAUCAAAUUCCAUCCAGAAAUUCCCAGACUUCCAGAUGGUUCCAUAUCCAGAAGAAUGAUUAGAGACUGGUUUCUAGAAUUUCAUCCUCUCCAUGCCAGACGGGCCAACUAA